AGCCUUUCGGAUUUCCUUGACGUCCAGAACCCAAAGUGACCAUCAUGGCUGCCGAGCUGGAAAUACCUGAGCUGACGGGUUCGCCCAACAACAAAUACCUCUGCCUCACAAUUUGCGGCUAUCGCAAGCCAGGUAUGAGUGAAGAGGAUUACCGUAACCACAUGGUCAAUACCUCUGCGCCCAUGACCAAAGGCUUGAUGGUCAAAUACGGCAUCAAGCGAUGGACUCAGAUCCACAACCAGAGCAGCGCUCGUGCGUUGAUGUCUCAACUUUUCGACCCACAGAUGGCGAAUGUUGCAGACUUUGACUGCUUCAGUCAGGUCGUCUUCAAGAGUAUUGAGGAUUACAAACGGAUGAAGCAGGAUCCCUGGUACAAAGAACAUCUAGUAGGGGAUCACGAGAAUUUUGCUGACACCAAAAGAAGCAUGAUGACCAUAGGGUGGGUUGAGGAAUUCGUUAGGGACGGCGAGGAAGUGGAUGGCUUCAAAGAUUGUUGAUAGAUCAUAGCCAGGAUUCUCAAUCAGUAAAUAAUCAUUGAUCUCCAACGAGUUGCCAAGUUCUGAAUGGUAUUCGAAAUUUUGAUAGUGG